AGCCAAGGACACGCCUGGACACGCUGUGACGCAUAGAGUAAAUUACUAAAUGAUGGGUAGUAUGGGAAGCACGUGCUCAAUGUUUUUGGUUAAUUGUGCCAGCCCACGUCUUGUAUCAUGUGUUACUUCUAGUCGUGCAAGACGAUCUACGUAAAAUAAGAAGUACCCGUUGUUUCUACCGUUACCAUUUUGUGCGAUGAAGCGCUUGUGCGUCCUUGCACUGCGUUCACGUCGCCUAAGCAGCCUGAACUUGUUUAGGCAGCUCUGUGCAAAAGCAAACCCAGCUUCUGAAGGUCUGCCACAUUCAAGCCGGGACGAUUCUGAAAAUAAAAAGCACGUGUACCGCAAUUUGUAUCCGUGGAAGUCGAAGGGCGAGUUUGUGCGGGAUUUGGCGGGCAGUAUAUUUUAUAAUCAAGAUGGCCUUAUUGCGCUCAGCAAACCAUACGGGGUUCCCCUGAGUUUCAAUUUCCACAAGGGAGGAAGAUCCCAAAGUAUGCUCAAGCAACGCCUUCAUGUCUCGGGCUUCGGCGAGUCUCCUUAUAGUCUAGAAGACGCCAUAGAAGGCUUGGCGGUUCACUUGAAUGUCGACCAAAUUAUUAUCAUCAAAUCAGCUGAAAGGUAUGCUAGUGGUGUCACCAUUCUGGCAUCCAACGAGCGAGCUGCACAAAGCGCUCGGAAAGCUGUGCUGCGAGCAAAGCCAAUGCAGAUACCGUACACUACUGCUUGGAUAAUUGCAAAAGGCUACCCGGUGCGUGAUGAAGUCAAGGAAAAAGUUGCCAUAAGGCUUGUACCUGUGAAUGAAUCGGAAAAACGUGUGGAAGUGUUGCGCGAGUUCAGCAAAACUGCUGCAAAGACAAGGUUGGUGAAGACUGUUCUUGUGGAGUGCAAGAUGUUGAGCAAAAACACCAGCAUGGCUAUGAGUCUGCUUCAAGUGGCUGCAUCAAACGUGCACAAGAGCCUUUUGCGCGCAUAUGUGGCCAACCUGGCAUCUUGUGUGAUGGGUGACUUGAGCCCCAAUGCUUGCCUCACCAAGUACCAUCAGGGCCGACCCUUGGUGCUGUCUCCUAUGGCAGCUGCUUCUGCCAAACCGCAGCCUCUUCCAGAUGCAGUCUGCAAGCAGCUGGGAAUCUCCAACACCCAGCAGCAAAUAGUGCCUGCCAUGGUGCACUACCGAAGCCUACUGCUGCCUUGGUACCAUGGAAGAGACCAGCACUUGCUUUUGAGUGACCCCACACUGCCCAGACACUUCAGCUGGACCCUUGAGACACUUGAUCUUCUGCCUGACUUGUGCCCAAAGAAAUGACUCUUUCGUGUGGACUCUGCUGCUAUUUGGUUGUGCUACCGUAUAAGCACAACAUGUGGGCCAACCUACGAGAUGUGGAAGGAACUUGAAAUGGCCAACUUACGAAAUGAAAUUGCCUAAUGUCAACUUUGUACUUAGAAAGCAGUAAAAGUAGUUAUAAGUGAGGAAAUAUUGUGGUGCAUACAGGAGAACUAACAGGUUAUUUUUUAGCCCCUUGAUUGCCAUUGCUUCAUUGCAUCUUGGUCUUGAACACAUAUUAUGCUGUGUACAAGCUGCUUAUUUUUUAGUGAAUUGGUCCGAGUCAAAAUUUAAUAUAGUUCAUAAUUUUUUCUUAAAUGUCGAAGUGUAGAUUGACUUGCCACGAUUGCUCUGCUAUAGAACAGAGCACCAAGACAUGGGCUCCAUCUGACGUCAGAAAUUCUAUGUGCUUAGCCGACUUUUCUGUGCAUAGAAAAAUGGCUCCACAAUAUUGUUUUUUGCACAAGUUGCUUCUGGAGAGGCAAAGAGGAGCAGGGGGUGGGUGAACGUGGGUCUCAUACCCCUGCCACACAGGCAAACUAAAGUGCACUUCAGCGUGUGCUGAGUGUCAUAUUGGCAGCGUGGUGCUACCUGAAAAGAAAAUUAUUUCAGAUUGGUGGUGACUGAGAGCCAGAAGGCAAAGCAUUUAUUUGCUAACUUGGAAAUGUAUGCAUGAAAACAAUUUGUCAUCGUUAGAAACAGCAUUUACAAUCAACUUAAGUGCAAUUGAAGUAAUUCAUUGCAACCUCAAUAACAAGAAUAAUCAUCACGAGCCAAGACAGCAAGACUUGACCAGUACCAGUCCAAACGACAUGUUCUGCUAGAGUGACCUAGAAAUUCUAGGUCACUCUAGUUCUGCCAAACAACUGCGCGGCCAUUAUCUGGAGUGGCUGUAAACAGCCCGAGAGUAAUAGUACUUUCUUGGUGUUUUUCUUUUCUUGCAGUGUGGUACGUUUCAUUACCUUGUGUAACGUUAGCAAUAUAUAUAAAAAAAAUGUGAUUACAGAUUA